CCUUGCUAAAGCCGCAAACAAUGAGGACUUGCUACUACUUGUCAUUUCUGUUCUGGACCUGUAUGCUUCAUGUGGUUCACAUGACACCAUCCCCCAAAAGGACUAUCAAGUAUUCACAAAAUGGAAGGAUACUGGUGUCGUCACAGGAUGAUGGGAAAACCCUGCACCGCAGCAAACGUGGCUGGAUGUGGAAUCAGUUUUUCUUGCUGGAGGAGUACACAGGUUCAGAUACUCAGUAUGUGGGCAAGCUACACACUGACCAAGAUAAAGGAGAUGGAAAUUUAAAAUACAUAUUAACAGGAGAUGGGGCUGGCAGUCUGUUCGUUAUAGAUGAAAAUACAGGAGAUAUUCAUGCUGCAAAGAAAUUAGACCGAGAAGAAAAGUCCCUGUAUGUGCUACGUGCCAAGGCUGUAGACAGAAAGACUGGAAGACAAGUGGAGCCGGAAUCUGAAUUUAUCAUUAAAAUCCAUGAUAUCAAUGACAAUGAACCAAAAUUUACAAAGGACAUGUACACUGCCAGUGUUCCUGAAAUGUCUGGAGUUGGAACUUCUGUUAUCCAAGUGACAGCUACAGAUGCUGAUGAUGCCAACUAUGGAAACAGUGCCAAAGUAGUGUAUAGCAUCCUCCAGGGACAACCAUAUUUCUCAGUAGACCCAGAGACAGGAAUAAUCAAAACUGCUUUACCAGACAUGAGCAGAGAAAAUAGGGAGCAGUACCAAGUGGUCAUCCAGGCCAAGGACAUGGGAGGCCAGAUGGGAGGAUUAUCAGGGACCACUACGGUGAACAUCACACUGACUGAUGUCAACGACAAUCCACCUCGAUUCCCCCAGAGUACUUACCAAUUCAGCUCUCCUGAGUCCGCAUCACUUGGGACUCCCCUCGGCAGAAUAAAAGCCAAUGACCUUGAUGUGGGUGAAAAUGCUGCGACUGAGUAUAGCAUUUCCAACGGGGAUGGAUCAGACAUGUUUGAUAUCAUCACUGACGAGGACACACAGGAAGGGAUUAUAACCAUCAAAAAGCAGUUGGAUUUUGAGAACAGGAUGCUGUACUCCUUAAGAGUGGAGGCAGCCAACACUCAUCCUGACCCACGCUUUUUCCACUUGGGGCCAUUUAAGGACACAGCUCUUGUCAAAGUUUCUGUAGAAGACGUAGAUGAACCUCCAGUAUUCAGCAGGAGCUCUUAUAUAAUAGAAGUAGAUGAAGAUGCCAAGGAAGGAACUAUCAUUGGGCAAGUGAUAGCUCAAGAUCCAGAUACCACCAAGAAUGCAAUAAAAUAUUCUGUGGAUCGACACACUGACCUCGACAGAAUAUUCAACAUCCACUCAGGAAAUGGGUCUAUAUUCAUCUCAAAGCCACUUGAUCGGGAAGAAACCCCCUGGCACAAUAUCACUGUUAUAGCAACUGAAAUCAAUAAUCCUAAACAAAGUAGCCAGAUACCUGUCUUCAUCAGGAUUUUAGACAUAAAUGAUCAUGCACCAGAAUUUGCCAAAUAUUAUGAAACUUUUGUUUGUGAAAAUGCAAAAGCAGGACAGCUGGUACAGACUGUUAGUGCUGUGGACAAAGAUGAGCCUCCUCGAGGCCACAAAUUCUUCUUUGAGUUGGUGCCAGAAUUUGCAGUUCAUCCCAACUUCUCUGUUGUCGACAACAAAGAUAACACAGCAGGGAUUCUGACUAGAAGAAAUGGAUAUAGCCGCAGUAAAAUGAGUACCUAUCUCCUGCCAGUCUUAAUAUUCGACAAUGACUAUCCAAUCCAGAGUAGCACCGGCACGCUGACAAUUCGAGUGUGUGCCUGCGAUAGCCGGGGGAAUAUGCAGUCCUGUAAUGCUGAGGCUUUGCUCCUUUCAGCUGGCCUCAGCACAGGUGCUUUGAUUGCCAUUCUCCUCUGCAUCAUUAUACUGUUAGUUGUGCUGUUUGCAGCACUGAAGAGGCAGAGAAAGAAAGAGCCCUUGAUCAUCUCAAAGGAUGAUGUCCGGGACAAUAUUGUGACUUACAACGAUGAAGGAGGUGGGGAAGAGGAUACCCAGGCUUUUGACAUUGGAACACUAAGGAAUCCAGAAGCAAGAGAAGAAAGUAAGAUGAGAAGAGAUGUUAUCCCAGAAACUAUAUUUCAGAUAAGGAGGACUGCACCUCUGUGGGAAAACAUUGAUGUCCAAGAUUUUAUUCAACGAAGGCUAAAGGAAAAUGAUUUAGACCCAACCGCACCCCCUUAUGAUUCACUAGCGACAUACGCCUAUGAAGGGAACGAUUCUAUAGCAAAUUCACUUAGCUCUUUGGAAUCACUUACUAUGGAUGGCAACCAAGAUUAUGAUUACCUCAGUGACUGGGGACCUCGAUUUAAAAAGCUGGCAGACAUGUAUGGUGGAGAUGACAGUGACCGAGACUGAGAAAGUAAUCUGUGACUUGGUCAGUGUUAGUGGAGGUAAUGUCUAUGUUACUAGAUAAAGUGGCCUACACUCUCUUACUUGAUAAAAAAUACAUAAAAUAGGUGUUGUCUUAGUAAGAGUUUGCUUAAUCAAUAAGUCAACGUAAAUUCAUAUGAUUGAUUUAAAUAUAAAAAUAAAAUCUAUACUUCACCCUCCCUGCCUAAAAACCCCUGAAGGAAGAUUCUCACCGACAAUGAGAAGACACUAAAAAAAGGCUUUUUGUGCCUUUAAUAAUAAAUAGAUGGAAAACAUACUUUUUUUUUUUAAUUGCUUUGCAUCACAUUUAUUAC